GCUAUACAUCCGUCUCAACCGCCAUCACGAGUGAGAAUCACGCAGCGAGAACCAGGAUGCCCGUCACCAUCCGCCCUACGAGCAACCCCCCGCGUCUUUGGCGCCGGCCGCCGGCCCAGAACGUCUUCAGCCUCUUCCAACGCGCGCAGAGCCAGCAGUGCAAAAGCAUCAUCCAGUCUUCCUUUGGUGACCUUGCGGCCAGCGGCAGGUACAUCACGCCCUACGCGAAUGGCUUUGUGCACGCGGCCCAGGAGGCCUACAGCAACCAUCACCAUCUGACCAUCCGGCCCGAGGAUGUCUGGUUCGCCAUCCUGACCCAGCUCAGCUUCUACAUCAACGCCAACGCCGAGGCUCUGCGGUCCAAGUUUGUCGCCCACGAGGGGCAGAAGGACCUGGUCGUUGUGGAAGCUGGCACCAUCCACUCGGUGGACUUUGGUGGCCUGGCCGUGCGGAUGACGGGCGAGAUUGACAAGAACCUCGUGGAUAAGGAUCUGAGAAAGUGGAUCAUGCCCAGCUUCACGACCACGACCACGACUGAUACGGUCACUGCCGCCGUGCUCAUGAUGGGCUCGAUGCAGAAGUACUUUAGCUACGGCUUUAUGCUGACGUGCGGCAUCCCCUCUGUCACCCUGCUCGGGGAGAAGCGCGACUGGGAGGACAUCAGGGCUCGUCUCGAUAAGCUGCCAGACUUUGGCAGCGAGUCGAAGCAGUUUUCCCGACUGCUCGUGCCCAUCCUGGACCAGUUUGUGCGCUCCUUUGACAACCCCGACGACGACGUCGUGCUCGACUUCUGGAACAAGAUUGCUGACAGGCGCAACAUGGGGUCCGGGCCGGACUAUCUGACGGGCUGGAUCACGGCAUUUUGUUUCUGGGACGCCGACGGCAAGGUCCUGUAUCGUCCCGGGGGAGGAGGAUAUGUCGACGACGACGACGACGGCAUUUUCGGCUUGCAACCAGGCAAGGACAAGUUUGUCGGCUUCGAUGCCACAAUCUACAGCCAGAUUGACGCGGACGAUAUCCCAGCCGGCUAUCUCUCAGUGCCGGUCCAGGUCAACGACAAUGGUAGAGUGUUCGACACCAAAAUGGUUGCCGGGUCUGUCGGUAUCGAAGUCACGAGCAGCGGCGACAAGCUCGACAGCAGUCGGGAACACAGCGGGAGGCGCUUCUCGUUUUCGGGCCCGCCAGAGUUUGUCAAGUUCCAGCCAGAGGUCAGCGACGAAACAGGGCUCGACUCGCUGCAGCCAGUCACCGGCUGGUGGAUAUACGAGCUCGAGGCAGGCGCACAGGAUAGCAAUCCGGGGAGACGGAUAUGGUCGGACAGCCCAUAGCCGGAUUCCCCAUGAGGCUUCGGUACGAAAGUAGUGGAGGAAAUACAGGGAUCUGGGCAAAAACGAUCGGUCAUGUUUGGAGAUUCUUUAUUCGUUGCGCGACACGGCAGAGACCCUCGAAAGUACUUGCGAUAGUCAUCUUUACUCGCCACUUCCGCGUUAACAGUGAUUAUAUGGGCACUUCGAUCAGCGCCCGGAUAACGUGGGACGCGUUUGUACCCGGAGCCUUGUGGGCUGUGCGAGGAUGGUGAUGAUCUGGGGUUGAGCUUCGUAAAAGCGUCCGCGGUAAUGAUCAGACUCGAUAGUUGCCCAAGCGAUGGUCUCCCAAAGGGACCUUGUGGUUCCCCCGUCGAAUCUAAGGUUAUUAUCCAAUAGAAUUAAUAAAAGUGCC